AAGCCAAUAAGAAAAGACGGAUGAAAAAAAAUUCUACCUGAGAAUAUGGUAAUAUAAUUCUCAGUCACGGCGCCAAGCUUUUGUGACACAUUAUUGGAGUUCCUCGUGUUCUUUUUCUUUUCUUGGUGAAAAUGAGUCUGAACGGGACUGGAAACGCAGAACUUGACAGCCAAUCUGCGACCAUAGAGACAGAAGGGGAUGAAACAACGCCUUUGUCAAAUGCGAGCAGGGCCAAAGGCGCCUCCUUUGCCUCCUCUGUUUUUAACCUGAUGAAUGCAAUCAUGGGCAGCGGCAUUCUCGGACUAGCAUAUGCCAUGGCAAGCACCGGCAUAGUUGGCUUUUGCAUCCUGUUGACACUCGUGUCCGGCCUGGCAGCAUAUUCCAUACAUCUCCUCCUCAAGCUCUGUGACCUGACAGGAAUUAAUUCAUAUGAAAAUCUGGGAGAGCGAGCAUUAGAAAAACCAGGAAAAGUUCUUGUUGGAAUUGCAAUCCUGAUCCAAAAUGUUGGCGCCAUGUCAUCAUAUAUGUUCAUUUUGAAGUCGGAGCUUCCGGCGGCCAUCAGCAGCUUCCUGAGUCCAGACCAGUCAGGGGAUGCCUGGUAUGAAGACGGCAGACUGCUGCUGAUCCUUGUUACGCUAUGCGUGGUGCUCCCACUUGCAAUAUUGCCAAAAAUUGGCUUCCUGGGCUACACCAGCAGCCUCGCCUUCUUUUUCAUGUUCUACUUUGCCAUUGUGGUUGUGGUCAAGAAAUGGUCUAUCCCCUGCCCGCUGCCACAUAACAUCACCUUCUUCAUUGGUAGUUACCAGGUAUCAAAUGCCUCGGACACAGAAUGCACGCCCAAACUUUUCAUUGUCUCCAGUAGGAGUGCCUACGCCAUCCCCACCAUGGCCUUCUCUUUCCUGUGCCACACAGCCGUCCUGCCAAUCUACUGCGAACUGGACCGGCCGACCAAAGCAAGGAUGCAGAAUGUUACCAAUGUUGGGAUCAGCCUCAGUUUCUUGCUUUACUUGGUUUCUGCCCUCUUUGGCUACCUCACCUUUUACGCUCAUGUGGACUCUGAGCUUUUGCUCAGUUACGAUGUGUACAUACCGCGGGACAUCAUGGUGAUGACUGUUCGGCUCGCCAUCCUCAUCUCUGUGCUGUUGACCAUACCGCUCAUCCACUUCCCUGCUCGUAAGGCCGUGACCUUACUGCUGCGUGGAAAUAGUCCGUUUUCCUGGCCGACCCACAUCAUAGUCACUGUGGUCAUCCUGGGACUGGUGGUCAUGCUGGCCAUCUUUGUACCUGAUAUUCGGAAUGUAUUUGGAGUCGUGGGAUCGACCACAUCCAGCUGCCUCUUGUUUGUCUUCCCUGGCCUCUUCUACCUCAGGAUUGCUCGCCAGCCUCUCAAAUCCUUCGACUCAAUCGGGGCGGUGUGUCUGGUUGUCUUUGGUUUAAUCAUGGGCGUCACCAGCUUCUCAAUCAUCAUCUUCACAUGGACACACAGUUCUUAGUCCUCACCCCUCCUCCAUACCUCUUUUUCAAAGCACAAAGGCAAAAACGGACGAUUUUACCAAAGAACCUUAUCGGAUGAAAUCAAGGAGAAUAGACACAUACGUCUAUGUCAUUCAGGCUGUGUAUUUUUUUUUUUUUUUUGGAAAGUUGUUGUCAUCAUGCCAUUGUCCUGCCCAGACAUCACAACAACAUUUCAAGACUUGAACACAAUUUUAGGCUGGCUGAUUGUUUCUUUUUGUUUCCCAUGAACCUCACAAUGAUUUGAGAUUCUUGUUUACAGUCUAGCUUUUUAUCAUAGAAACUCUUAAACCUUUUCAAAUAGUCUUCCCCCCCCCCCCAAGAAAUGCCUUUGGUGGAAUAUAACUGCUUAUCAAGUUAUUGCACAUAUUUGUCUGUCACAAUUGCAAUUUUAGGAUUUCACAACAAACUGUAUUCACUAAAAUGUUUUUUUUUUAAAAAAUCUUUUUGUUCACUUACAUUCAAAACUGUUUAUAGUAUAUUUGCUGCUACUUGGUGCUUGUCAUCAGUUGAAAUCCUCUUGAUUGUACUGUACAUCAAUGAAAUACACUCAAUAAAAGGGAAAUAUUCUGUGUUCCAGUA